AAGAUUGAGAACAUAGCUUCGCUUAGGUACACGUGCCAUAAAAGACCGGCAUCACUUCUUUUAAAUCGCUGUUUCUUGCUGGUUCUAGUAGUGGUGUGUUCUCUGUGUUGUUAGUUUUCUUUCGUGUAAGUUAGAAAUUUGCUGAAUAUCUUCACUAUUUGGAUAUUUAUUUGAUAAUCAAGUGCGGGCUCAAAAAACUAAACCAAAAUGUGUGACGACGAUGUUGCCGCUCUUGUUGUAGACAAUGGAUCCGGUAUGUGCAAGGCCGGUUUCGCCGGUGACGAUGCACCAAGGGCCGUUUUUCCAUCCAUUGUUGGUAGACCACGUCAUCAAGGUGUGAUGGUUGGCAUGGGUCAGAAAGACAGUUACGUUGGAGAUGAAGCCCAGAGCAAGAGAGGUAUCCUCACCUUGAAGUACCCCAUCGAGCACGGUAUUGUUACAAAUUGGGAUGACAUGGAAAAGAUCUGGCAUCAUACCUUCUACAAUGAACUUCGAGUUGCCCCUGAAGAACAUCCCGUACUUCUCACCGAAGCUCCCCUGAAUCCUAAAGCCAACAGGGAAAAGAUGACACAGAUCAUGUUUGAGACCUUCAAUACACCAGCUAUGUACGUAGCCAUCCAGGCUGUCCUCUCCCUGUAUGCCUCUGGUAGGACCACUGGUAUUGUCUUGGAUUCUGGAGAUGGUGUAUCCCACACUGUUCCCAUCUAUGAAGGUUAUGCUCUUCCUCACGCCAUCUUGCGUCUGGAUCUUGCUGGUCGGGAUUUGACAGACUACUUGAUGAAAAUCCUCACAGAAAGAGGCUACUCAUUCACCACUACUGCUGAAAGAGAAAUUGUAAGAGACAUCAAAGAAAAACUAUGCUAUGUAGCUUUAGACUUUGAACAAGAAAUGGCUACUGCUGCCUCUUCAUCCUCAUUAGAAAAGUCAUACGAGCUUCCUGACGGUCAAGUAAUCACAAUUGGAAACGAACGAUUCCGUUGUCCUGAGGCUCUCUUCCAGCCAUCCUUCCUGGGUAUGGAGUCCUGCGGUAUUCACGAAACUACUUACAAUUCCAUCAUGAAGUGCGAUGUAGAUAUCCGUAAAGACCUCUACGCAAACACAGUAUUGUCCGGCGGUACCACCAUGUACCCAGGUAUUGCUGACAGAAUGCAGAAAGAAAUCACAGCCUUGGCUCCUAGCACAAUGAAGAUCAAAAUCAUUGCUCCACCAGAAAGGAAGUACUCCGUAUGGAUCGGAGGUUCUAUCUUGGCUUCUCUAUCUACUUUCCAACAAAUGUGGAUCUCUAAACAAGAAUAUGAUGAAUCUGGCCCAAGCAUCGUCCAUCGUAAAUGCUUUUAAAUGACUUUAAAAAUUUAAUAAAUAAAAAAAUUUUCCAGCUGCACAGAGCACUGCUCAUGUUCUCCCCCCUUUUCUCCAAAGAAAUUUUAGUUGAAUUCUAUCAGGUAAAGACUGCUGCAACAAUGAGGUAUUAAGAUGUACAGUUGUAGUACUGUGUUUAUCGAGCAGAGUGUCCGAAUCUUGGACCCUUUUUUUUUUUCCUUUUACGCUACUGAUAAACAUGUACGGUUUUACUUGCUGCUGUACCAGUCUUUUGUCUAGAUGUAUUUAUAAAUUGUGUUGUAUACUAAGUUUAAAUACAGGCGUUUGUUUAUAAA